GAAACCCUGGAUUUAUCGCAGGUAUGGCGUGGCUCCAAGUCCGACCUUACGUGGCUCCCAGGGCGGCUUGCGUCACAGCAGUGAUGCUGGCUCUCCAGGCGAUGCUUGCCUGUGGCUUUGGCCCCUCCACCUGGAUGGUUCCGAGGAAAUGUGACACGGAGUCUCUGCGUCGCGGUGGGGGCUGGCCGGAGUGGGGAUCUCGUGAGCUUGCCCAUCAAGGUCGUCCUUCCGCAGAUCAUAUUGCGGAUGUCGCUGACAUGGCUCUGCUCAUGAUGUGGGUCGAUUCCACCACAUCGGUCUCAGCGACAGACUGA